AUGGACGAAGAUUACUACAAACAAUGCACGGUUCACAUUCGUACCAAGAGGAUCCACGACUGCCUCCCGUCACGCUUACAUCUACAGCAAUAUCUGAGGCCAUUUGGACCGGUUUCAGCUCUUUAUGAGUGGUGUUUUAGGGAUGGAAGGAUGCAAGAUGAUAAACCGAACAACGUUCUUGUGCUCUUUGAACACCAGCGUAUUGCAAACAACCUCCUCAAGGCCUCGGCGAAUGAGGACCCUGGAACUUUUUGGAGGACGCAUGAAGUGAUUGCGUUUCCGGUCCAGGGACCAUGUCAUAGGAUCUUUUCCAAAGAAAUAGUCCCCAGGAUUGAAGAUUUGAGGUCAGGUCGAACGGAUGAGCAGUCGUCUGGUUCUGGAGAACCAAGGCGCUCAACAAAACGACAAUACUCGAGUGAAAAAACGUACGCAUCCGGAUCUGUACUGCGUGUAACAGAUACUAGGCCGACCAAACGGUCGAGAAAUGAGGAUAGAGAGAUCCGGGUGGAUGAAAAUAAUCCAGCCAGCACAAAUCGUUCAGCUGCUCCUACAUCUACACCCAGAUACUCUCCAACUACUAGGGUCGCACCUGAGUCGAACGAAUGGAUGCGCGCACGAAUUGCACAGCUGGAGUCGGAAUUGGAAUCCAUGCGAGCAGCACGGGAUCUGGCUGUAUCGGAACAGCAAGUGGCCGCUAUAGCUCAUCAAGCAGAACAAGAGGCACGUCGGGGUGCAAUGGCGCAAAAGAGCGUAGCCGAAGCCGCGAAAGCCAGAGCCGAGGUAGAGCAAGUUCGACUUUUGACUGAGAUCGAGAAAAUAUCUCGACAGCUUACAUUACCGAGGGAGGGAGCUAGCCCAGCAGGAUCAGAGGGAUACAUAAAAAGUCUUGAGCAAGAUCGGGAGGAGGCUCUGGAUCUGAACAACAAGUACUGUCUGCAAAAUUCGCAUCUAGAAUCGCAGCUGGAAACGGCAAACACAGAAAUCGGCCAGCUGAAAGUUGAUCUCGCUUCGGCACAUGAGAAACUAGAUUCAACCCAAAAAUCUCUAGAAUCAUUGGAGCGCAAGUACUCUUCGACCGGCGUAGAUAUGAGAUGUCGAAGGAGAAUUAGGUACCUAUAA